CGUAUAUCGAAUUUUCACAUGAAAUUAUAUCCCAUCAUUAGUAUGACAAGUUUACAAAAAAGAUUUUCAGAUCGAUUUGUUGCAUUUUUUUUUUGCUUGUCGUUUUAGCAUUUUAAAUGGGUAAUUUUUCAAUCGAGUAUUAUUUGAGGACGGAAAAGGAGCAAUAAGAGAUGAAGAAGGUAUUGAACUAAUGGAAGGUGGACGAACUUGAUGUACAAGCGAGGAAAAUAGUUACCAUGGAAUAUUGUUUGAAUCAGCGGUUAGAUAUCAAAGUUGAGACGUUAGAGAGCGAAGAGAAGCCUGCCGUGAAUACUGAUCUAAAAAAAAGAAGAAAAAAGAAAUACACAGUUUAUUCUGAAUAGGGCAAAAUGAAUUUUAUUCUUCGUAUGUUGACUAACGCUUCCAAGAAAAUUGCUCCUGUAGCUAGAAAGCAUAACAUUAAUGAACGCACUGGUCAACGUUGAUGGAAUCAAUACAAAAAAGAAAAAAAAAACCGAUCCGGAUACAUUUUUUCUUGCCAAAAGCUAGAGGCAAUCGCAAGAAGCUUCACAAAGAGCACCAAGCUUUUCUAACUGACUUGUUAGACGAGAAUCCUUCAAUCAACAUUGAACAAGCCUUGCAGCAGCUAACUACUAAGUUUGACUACUUGAAGGCUGAGGGAAAUCAGCAGUUCAUGAGUUUAUUAAAGAUGAUAUGGGAUUCACCUUUGUUAUGAUUGUAGUCGUCUUUACAACUAAGUUAAUAGAAAUAAAUUGUCAUUUAUUAAAUAAG